AUGCACAGUUGUGAAAAAUUAUUUGAUUUCUUCUGUUUUUGCUUUUUGGCAAAAUUUCAAAGUUUCAGAUCAAAGAAUGAUAAUUUUAUUUAAUUAUGAAAAAACAAAUCAUUCCAAAACAACCUGGUCCAAUGUGAUAAAGUAACAUCCUCUAAUGACCUCAAGUGUUUGUAAUAACCGUCUUUUUCAUGACUUUGUUUAAAAUAAGCCACACAGGAGAGUUUUCUGGCAUGAAGAACCUGUUGUAGCGCACGCCACGUAAUUUCAAAUGGAUUUCAGUCCAGUCUUUGACCAGACCAAUCUUAAAACUUUUUUUGUAUUACUAGCAUGUUGUAUUUCAUUUUCCUUUAAUAGAUGAGUAUCCAACUCCAAAGGUUCUGUGUCAUAUCUUUGUAUUUAAAUGUCUUCAUAGAUGCAGAAUAUCCUGAUUUUAACCACAAACAUCCAGUUUGAGAAAAUGAAGAUAAACAGGCAAAAACAUUUGUGGAGCUAUCAGAAACAUUAAUGAUUGUGUUUAGAAAAUCAAACAUCUCUUGCAUAGCACUGUCAAACAAAUGUUGCAUAAUAACUACAAUUACAUCACAAUUCCUUUCUUUCUAUGUCUAUACUACUACAUCCUUAGUGAGAGAGGAUGUGCAAAUUGAUCUGGAGUAGAUAUUUUAAAAUUGCUGCACAUCCAAAUGGUAGAUAGUAAUUUUGCCUGUAAUCUCAGUUUGAUGACAAUACAGGUUUUUUAAAGACACGCAUGUAAUGAACUGAAAGAGCCAAUUAAUCAUCUUUGAGAGACUUUAUGAGGUUGAGAGCAUCUAAUGUCAAUUUUUAUUCCACAAAUUUCCCAAUUUCUUUGGUACUAAACUGGAUGGAAAAAAGGAUGAUGUUUCAAAAUGUUGCUAAAACACACGUGAGAACGGUCAAGGAUAAAAACGUGUUGAAAUUUAAAGCAUUGUUGGGCUGUUCCAAUUUUUUAUGUCAAAACAAAAAAAGGUGAGUCCCAACAAUAAGUCCACAUAUGGCCUUUCUUCUGCACUGAGAGACCAGGAUGUGAGAGCAGAGAGGAAGCUCAGUGGCUCCUGGUAACUCUGCAGGAGCUGUAGAGAUCCAGAGCUCAUGUGGAAGAAGCAGAAAAAGUGAUUCACUGCACAAAUCUCAUCUUUAUUGCUGUUUACUAAUAUUUAAAUUGAUGUAAUGUUCUGAAACACUUAAGAGUGACAAAAAAAUUAAAUGAGGAAAGAGCCCAAACACUUUUUUCAUGUCAUUGUACUUCAAUAUCCUAUGAAUUUGGACAUUUCCAAGGUGUAUGAACAGUUUAGAUCUAAGAAAAAACUUUUUGGUUUUCCAGAAAAUUCAAAUUCUCACAUCACAAGAAACUUUUUUCUAUUUAAGCUUUAAUUAAAUACAUUGACUUUCUUGUUUUUUUAUUAUAAAUGCACCAUUUCAUCUCUUCAUUCAUCAUCUGCAACAUCUUCAAACUGUUGAACCCUCAUCCAUCCAUUCACCAGUUUCUGUGGAACCUCAGUGAUAUUUAACGAUGCAAAAUGGUUUCUGCAUCGUUUGUUAUGCUGAGACAAUUUCACUCAUCAUGUUUUUUUCAGACCAUCAAAUUUCAUUACUCACAUCCUGACUGAUCUUUUGUGGCUCAGCAGAUACAGCCAGGGUGGUCAUUACGCAUUUCAUAUUCUAAAGGCAGAUAUUUUGAUUUAACGCAUCAUUAUUCUUUUAAUUUCCAAGGCCUUUCUAAAUUAACUCCAGCCCCGUAGCCACUGCUUUAAAAUCCUGGGACGUCUGCCCAUUUUCCAAAAUCAAACCUAACAGAGGGGUGGGCUCUCUGGCACACAUACCACAUCCCUGGAGAAUUAACAGUAUUUUAUUUGACAUUUGAAAGAAUAUGUAAGUGGUACACAUAUCUCAGAUUGAAGUGUUUCUAAGUAAACUCAAGUCUGACUGAAAACUGAGAACAAAAUUAAAUAAAGUAAGGAAAAUUCUGUUUUGAGUUUUUCCACUUAUGAAUGAUAGAGCAAUAUAAACAACAGUUUUAUUUUGCUAAAUUUAUGCCGGAUUGUUUUUGGUAAAAUAAAAUAUGCAGCAACAACUAAGAACUGGCUUCACAUUGACAGUAAUAGAAAUAUUUUUCUCCCCUUUGUCUCUGUGUCUCCUUUGGCAUUCAAAUAAUCCAGCUUUUGACUCUUUCUGCUCUCUUUAACCUGUCAGCAAGAGCUUGAAACGUAAUCUCACGCUGUUUAGCAAUUCAUCUGAAUUUAAGAUGAUUCACUUGAAGCAGAAGCCCUUUUUGCAAAGAACUCAACCUACAAAUAAAGAUAUCAUUAUUAUAUCAAUUACUUUCAUACAAUUCUCUGCUGACUUAAAACAUUACCGUUUGUUUAUGUUAUGUCAGUCAAAAUGAACGAUACUUAGAAAUGUUAAGUCAUACCUUAACAAAACUAAUAGUUUUGAGUUUGAGUCAUUUCGAACAAAAACGUGUCAAUUUUAUGUAUUUUUUUAUUAUUCUUUCCUCAAAGUGAACAAUUACUCUCAGGUGAACUUUAAAUGUUACUGAUUGUUUAAAGUUGUGCAGAGCUUUACCCAAAGUGUGUCUCCUAUGUUGUCAAUAAAUUUGUGAACAAAGCAGUAUUGGAAAAGGCAUAUUUGCAGUAAAAAAGAAAAGAAAGUAAAACAUACAUAUUCAGUGUCUUGUUCUCAUUUAACUGUAGAUUCCAAAAGAUUGUGAAAACCGUGUUUAUUGCCGUCAUGAGAACUUUCAAAGAUCUGACUUUGUGUCAGUGAAAGAAACACUUAAUUUAGACAGUUUAUAUUUCACUGGUUUUACUUUAAGUAAUUUUGAUUGUUGGAAAAAUAACCACUGAACUCUUUAGCCUUGCACAAUUACACUUGGCUGAAUGGUGGUGGGAAGCGAGAAGAGAAAUGACCUCUGAAAAAUUCCUGGAAUGAAACAUAUGGACAUAAAGAUAGAAAUCAGAAAAGACUGCCAAUAAAUGUAAGUAGGCAAAUGUCCUCUGUGAACAAGUGAAGAGAAUCUCAGUCAUUUUUGUUCUAUACUGAUAAACUGGUUAUGAGCACAUUAAUUAUAAAAAGAUUAAUUGAACAAAAAGCAGUCCCCUCGUGCGUCAUUAAAGUAAAAUCAAUAACAAAGUGCAUUGUCCUAUUCCCAUGAUGCUAAACAGUUUACAUUCUCAGAAGAUCAAUAUGACUUUAGAAAAGCUCAAAGCAGGCAAGCACAUCCGCUCCGAGAUGCCUUUCGAUAUGGGCAAUAAAAAGCACAUGUUUACAGCGCCGAGGGUGAUUUUCUAGGAACGUAGCCGGUGCUUUUAGUGCCUCUCCUGAGCAAGCUUAUGACUCAAAUAUUUUAUGUGCCAACAAAUGCAUCCAUCCAUUUAUUACCAGAGCGGCUUCAAAAGAGGGGAGUGCCUUGAUGAUGUCAUAUCACUGAAUCCAUUAACAUUCAAAGCACGACUGAUAAUAUUUGAAUUAAUCCGCUAACACUCACCCUGAUUUACAGAUUUUUGGUUUUUUGGAUGUUCUCUACAAGUGACCGGAAAUAAAUACAGUAGAGGGGGGGAAGUUACAGAUGCACACAAACAUAGAGCUUACAGCUCCUGAAAACUCAAAAUAUGGUUUCUCAAAAAAUUUUAAUAUUACAUCUGCUCAAUGGAAAAAGAAUUUUAAAAAAGGAAGAAAAACAUCUUAUAAUACUGAAUGAUAGGAGGGAGUGUUGAGUUAUCCAGCAGACAGUCACUGACACUUUCCAAAAGGAGGUUAAGCCAAAACAGCUGAAAAGACACAUUCAAAGGAUGAAGUGUGAAAGCAUGUUAAAUGAAAAUUGUGAAGAACAAAGAACUAUGGUAGAAACAACUUAAUUGUCAUUUCUCUGCUUCAUAUAGAAGAUUAUAGCUGCAGAAUUGUGAGUACAGAAAUGACAGAUUACUGAAAAACAUUUCCAUGUACCACACAGUCCAAGGAUAUCAUCUCUUGAAAAGGCUUAAUUUCACAAUUGUCUCAAAGCUGCAGUUAUCAUGGUUGCCUGUGUAACAUUUUCUACAUUUUCUUCCUUCCACUUAACUUUCUGUUAAAAUUUUACACUCAGCACUCAUUAUAAAAACAAACAUCCAAAAUUAGAAGGCUAUUUAAAGUAAAUGUGCAAGAUUAACUGGAAUAAAUGCCAAUUUAUGUGUCAAUUUUUAAAUCUAAGUCAAAUAAAUCUACUUUUCAAAAAAUAUUUUGAAAAGUAGAUUAAUAUUUUAUUUUUUAGAUGCGUGUAUUCGUGUAUAUAUAAAUUGUUGCACAUUUUUUUUUAGAUAUAAUGCAGCUCUGGGGGUCUUUCCCUGAGGAUGGUUCGUGCUGCAGAACCGAUCAGUGAAAGUGCACAUGGCCACCAAGUGGUGGUGAUAAGUAGGACCUUUUAUUGCUCCUGACGAACUGGGGACCCUAUAACACGGGCUCAUGCGCUGUGUUGCUGCCCAUUCCGAAGACUCUCAGCAGAGAUGAUGCUAGUUUAUUUUCUUCAUCUCCAGUUUUAACAUUUAUGUUUAGACUUUGGGUGUAAACGCCGCAUUCUUUAUUUCUCUAAAACUAUAUUUCUAAAUAUUUUUGUUGCUUGGUGGAUUACAGGCAGGUGAGCUGAAUUAAUGUACUUCAUAAUUUUGUUUCAAUGUUUUGCAGUUUCAGUCUUGUUCUCGGGAUGUAAUUCUUUAGACAAAAUAUUCUCUUUUUCUGUUUGAAGAAUAAUAAAAAUAUUCCCUGACAUCCCCUCUUUUUACAGACUAUGGGUGACGUCCGAAACAACGUAAAACCCUUUUGCCAUCUGGGGAUUAUAAACUGACCUUGACUAUGCCUUGGCACCUGUAAGGACGCAAGGAAGACUUAGGCGCUCACGACCCUCUCUUGGUGACCAAACCACUACGAGUCCUUCUGCAGAGAGGACGAGACUGCAGCAAUGGAAACUAUUUCCAAUGAAAGUGAUAUCUGGCAACUGAACGAAUCUUGGAGGAACUCCAACCUUCUGAACGGGACCGGCGGGCUGAAUCAAACGAACCCCCUGGAGAGGAAUGAGGAGGUGGCGAAGGUGGAGGUGACCGUGCUCGCUCUGGUGCUCUUCUUGGCGCUCGCAGGGAACCUGUGCGUCCUGCUGGCCAUCCACACCACCAAACACAGCCAGUCCCGCAUGUAUUACUUCAUGAAGCACCUGAGCAUCGCCGAUCUGGUCGUGGCUAUAUUCCAGGUCCUCCCUCAACUUAUCUGGGACAUCACAUUUCGGUUCUACGGACCAGAUAUUUUGUGCAGGUUGGUUAAAUACCUGCAGGUUGUCGGGAUGUUUGCAUCCACUUAUAUGUUAGUUUUGAUGUCCGUAGACCGCUGUUUGGCCAUAUGCCAGCCUCUCCGCUCUCUGCACAGAAGAAAAGAUCGUUUUUAUGUGAUAUUUUCUUGGCUCCUCAGCCUGCUCUUCAGCACCCCGCAGAUAUUCAUCUUUUCCCUCAGAGAGGUCGGCUCAGGAGUGUACGACUGCUGGGGCGACUUCGUGAAACCCUGGGGAGCGAAAGCUUACAUUACAUGGAUCAGCCUCACUAUCUACAUUAUCCCCGUGGCCAUACUGAGCAUUUGCUACGGUCUGAUCAGCUUUAAGAUAUGGCAAAACUUUAAGCUGAAAACCAGACGCGAACAGUGCAUCAGCCUGACCCCCAAAACCUGCAAAAGCAACACGCUGGCCCGGGUGAGCAGCGUGAGGCUCAUCUCCAAGGCGAAGAUAACCACCGUGAAAAUGACUUUUGUGAUUGUGGUGGCGUACAUCGUGUGCUGGACUCCCUUUUUCUCAGUCCAGAUGUGGUCUGCGUGGGAUCCAGCUGCACCCCGGGAGGCCAUGCCCUUCAUCAUCUCCAUGCUGCUUGCAAGCCUCAACAGCUGCUGUAACCCCUGGAUCUAUAUGUGCUUCGCUGGGCAUCUCUUCCAUGACCUGAGGCAGAACUUUCUGUGUUGUUCCGCUCGCUACCUUAAGUCAUCCCAGUGCCACUGUGAGCAUGACUUUGACUCCAGCCACAAGAGCAACUCGUCAACCUUUGCCAUUAAGAGCACCAGCAGUCAGAGGAGCAUCACACAGACAUCCACCACGUAAGCCCCUGGCCUCCUUUUUUUCCUGUCUCCCAAGCUGCCCACUCAGCCUCUCACUACAUGCUGCUCCCCAUAAAUUUUCCAGCGGUUCGAUUUUUUCAAAAUGCCUCUCUCUGUAAGACUUGCUGUUAAAGCCCAGAAGGGGGAAAACAACCCACACAGUCCUUUCAUUUCUGCAUAAAUUUAUUAUUUAACUGUGAAUCUGAAAGCAUUAAUCAACAGAAAUUUUUUUCAUGAAUUUCAAUGAGAUAAUUAAGGACUAAAAAGAUUGACUGAAUGAAACUUUUUCUAUGUGUUUCUUUUUGUUAUAUACUUGCUCUAAAUGUACAUUUUAAGGUGUAUCUUAGUGUUUAUUGUGCACACAAACUGAAUAAAAAGACUAUUUGACGAAUGUUGAUGCGUUGUAAAUUGUUACGGUUUUGUCCAGUUUGUCUGUGUUGUUAUUAUAAAUUUAUUCCUCUGUUAUAAAUUCGAUAUAACAGAUAUAACUGUUGUUCAGCUUGUUACAUAUUUGCACAGAUAUAAACUGUUACUUCAAGGUUUUGUUAAGUUUAUUAUGCCAUGCCUGUCUCUGCUAAACAUUGGACAAAUGGUUUGAAAACAAUAAAAGAAAAUUAAAGUACUAA